UAUUUUCUUUACACUUUUGUCAAUACCAUCACACUACAUGCCUAUUUUUUUCUAUAUAUUUUGCUAUUUACGUUUACUCUACAUUGGCUAUACAUCAUAUUUAUAUUUACCUAUAUUUUCAUUUGUAUUCUUAUGUUCUUUUUACAUACAUCAUUCACCUAUACAUUUGUUACAUUACAUACACUACACUAAUCCUAGGGGCAAAUCAAGUUUCAUCAUUCUUUUGUCAAAUCACUUUUUUAAAAACUUUAUGUCAAAUCAUCUUUUCAAUAACUUUUUGUCAAACUACUUUUUCAAGGACUUUGGUCACAUUACUUUUUCAAAGAAUCUUUAUCAAAUCACUUUUUAAAGACUUUAUGUCACAUACCUUACUUUUUGACUUUUUCAAAUUUUUUUAACUAAUACUUUUUCUUUCAUCUUGCAAUUUAUUACAAAUACUACACUUUUGGCCGAUGAAGAAAUUUUCAUCGAUUUUCAAGGCCUUCCCUGUACAAAAGACUGGUUUUUAUGUUAAGUUUAUUCAUUAUUUUUUUAAUUCAUUCGAUAGUUAUUUAUUCUCUUACUAACACUUUUACUAAGUGUUUAUACAGGUACCCGGAGACACAUCCCCAAGACGACACUCGGAAGGAACCCGAAGACUUCAUUGAAUCCUUAUACACUUUUAUACUUACGAGGUACAUUCUCUUUUAUAUAUUUUUUUUUAAUAUACAUUCUUUAUAAACACUUGAUACUUGAUAUAAAUACAUUUUUAUACACUGUAUAUACUUAGUAUAUUAUCACCUAGUGUAGCUUUUCAUAAAGUCACAACAUUUUGAAAACAGGUAAUAAUAAUGAUAAAAAGAUAGAUAAUCCCCCUCUAGUGUUCAGUUAAACUAAGUUUAAGGACUAUCUUCGGGCAGGCUCUGUGAGAUGCUUAAUACCUUCCCCAUAGGGUAAAUAAACCCCUUAUCUAGAAUCUCAUAUGUUUCGUGGACUAAAAAUGGAGUGGACACACAAAUACAUAUAGGUUUCCUGUUUUUCCUUAAAAAUAAGGUGGCGACUCUAACCCUUUUAAAACCAGUUAGAAGAACCGUGAAGUUGCAAACUAUCUUGGACCCGUUCAAAAUAGGGCGUAACAGGACUGGUUUGACAACUCUUUCAGAUAUGCAAAAGGUAAUGUAUUCUUGGUUAUUCAUUUCUAAAAAAAAAUUCAUUCUCUUUAACUUAUGUUGCUCUACUGUCACCUAAUAUGUUUUACAUGUUAUUGUAGGGUCUGGAUAUAGCCAUUAACGAUCUGUUACCAAAUGCAGAACAAAGAAUGUGUGCAAGACAUGUGCUUGCCAAUUUUUCCAAGACAUGAAAAGGCAUAGAGAUUAGAAACUACUUCUGGAGAUGUGCUAAGUCCACAUAUGAGCAGGAGUUGCAAAAAAAAUUGGAUCAUAUGGAGAAGUUAGGUGAUGGAAUAAAUGGAGAUUUGUUGUAUUACAACAUAGAUACGUGGUCCAAGGUCUACUUUAAAUACCUCAGCUAUUGUGACAGUGUUGAUAACAACAUGGUUGAGAGUUUCAAUUCCUGGAUUUUGGGGCCAAGGCAUAAGACCAUUAUCACAAUGCUUGAGGAAAUUAGAGUCAAAAUGAUGAGAAGGAUAAGACAACUAAGGGAGUUUUCUCAGACUUGGAUAACAGAUAUCAGCCCAAUGACUUUGAAGGUAUUGCAAAAAAACACAUCAAAGUCAAUGAAGUGUACUCUUAAAUGGAAUGGUGAAUAUGGUUUUGAGGUCAAGGACAGGUGGGGUAAUAAAUUCAUAGUAAAUCUGAACACCAAGGCUUUCACUUGUAGAUCUUGGAUGCUGAAAAGUAUUCCCUGCUGUCAUGCCAUAGCUGCACUUCAUUUCAAAAAAUUGGAACCUAUUGACUAUGUUGCACAUUAUUACACUAAGUACACUUACCUCAAAACCUACAACUCAUUCAUUCAACCUGUUACUAAUAUGGAAAUGUGGCCAAAGUCAACCAGUCCUCCUACCUGAGAUUAAAAAGCUACCAGGUAGGCCAAGGAAGUGUAGAAGAAAGCAGCUGACAGGGAAGCUGUCAAAAAGAGGUGUUGAGAUGACCUCCAGCUUGUGCCAUGCAAAGGGUCACAAUAAGAAGGGUUUUCCUAUAUGAAUCCACAAUCUGUGAGAGGUAGAGGAAGGGGAAGGGGGGGAGAGGGACAAGUACCAGUUCAACAAGGUCAAGUGUUGGUUCUUCUAUAGUACCAAGUGAUUCUCAACCAAGUAGAGGAAGGGGAAGACCAAGAGGUUCUACCAAACAGCUAUGGCUGCUAGAACAUUUCAAUCUGGAAGGGUAAGAGGACAAUCUUCAACAUCACAGGCUUCUGAUGCAAGUGCAUCAGUUACUGGAAGAGGGGCACCCUUUAAGAGGCUAAGAGUUGUGGGAAUGGGAGUGCUUCAAACCCAAAGUGGUUUCACAAUUGUCAAUACUGGAAUGCCAAAUCAGUCUUCAACCAUGCCUAUGAAUUCAGCAGUAGUCACUGGUAGUCUUGGCCAUCACAAACCAAGACCAGGAGGACUGAAAUGGAAAAGAAGUCCAGCUAUAACACAACAAGGUCUUCAAGAGAUGAGAGGACAAAAGAGAAUGAAAACAAAGGCCAAAACUGCUGAGUUAAAUUAUUUAAGUCAAACAAGUUCAUCAGCUGGCCAGAAAUGAAAUGAAAAAAUGAAGUUGAAAUAGUUUAGUCUUGUAUGUGUAUGUCUUUGGUACUGACUGUUAUGCAGCAGUGACUGCAGAUUUUGAUGUUGUUUUUGUGAAAUAAUUAUGCAGUUGUGUCUACUAGAUGAUGCACAUUUUUGUGAAA